GCGGAGGCGGGGCGCGGGGCUGCUCGCUCGGUCCUGACUUGGAGUGCGGCGUCGGUUGCACCUUCUCUCUUUUCGUGGGGAAGACUUGACUGCCGGACCCCUGGUUGUCCAACAGGUUUGCAUUUCCUCCCUCUUUGUGAGCAAUGUCAGAGAAAGCACAGCCUACAGUGAAUGGGCCAGAAGAAGAUGGGCCUGUUCUCUGUAAGCAGGCGAGGGUAGAUGAGUCUGACAAGCUGUCCACAUUAAAUUUCGACAGCCCCACUGCUCUUUUUGAAAGUUUAAUCUCACCCAUCAAGGUAGAGACGUUUUUCAAGGAAUUCUGGGAACAAAAGCCCCUUCUCAUCCAGAGGGAUAACCCUUCACUGGCCACCUAUUACCAGUCUCUGUUCAGAUUCUCAGAUCUGAAAAGGCUCUGCCUUCAAGGGUUGUAUUAUGGAAAAGAUGUGAAUGUCUGCCGGUGCAUCAAUGGGAAGAAGAAGGUUUUAAAUAAGAAUGGCAAAGUACACUUCCUUCAGCUAAGAAAAGAUUUUGAUCAGAAGAGGGCAACAAUUCAGUUUCAUCAACCACAGAGAUUUAAGAAUGAGUUUUGGAGGAUCCAGGAAAAGCUGGAAAGUUACUUUGGCUCCUUGGUCGGCUCAAAUGUAUACAUGACUCCAGCAGGAUCUCAAGGCCUCCCUCCCCAUUAUGAUGAUGUCGAGGUUUUUAUCCUGCAGCUGGAGGGAGAGAAACACUGGCGUCUCUAUUCCCCAACAGUGCCCCUGGCACGUGAGUACAGUGUGGAGCCUGAGGCCCGGAUUGGCACACCAACGCACGACUUUAUAUUGAAGCCUGGUGAUUUGUUGUACUUUCCCAGAGGGACCAUUCAUCAGGCAGAAACUCCAUCAGGUCUGACCCACUCUACUCAUGUGACCAUCAGCACCUACCAGAACAAUUCAUGGGGAGAUUUCCUUUUGGAUUCCAUUUCUGCGCUUGUAUUUGACAUUGCAAAGGAAGAUGUGGCAUUAAGGACUGGAAUACCCCGGAGGAUGCUCAUGCAAGUGGAAACCCCAACUGCUGCAAAGAGAAAGGUGAGUGGCUUUCUCAGGACUCUUGCAGACCAGCUAGAAGACAGAAAAGGACUGCUGCCAUCAGACAUGAAGAAGGAUUUUGUCAUGUGCAGACUUCCUCCUUACUUCUUGGAAAAUGGAACAGAUUUGUUGGAACCAGCUGAAAAGUUCCCAACGCUGGACAGCACAAUAAGACUGCAGUUUAGAGACCACGUUGUCCUCACAAUAGGGCCAGAUGAGAAUCAAUCUGAUGAAGCUCCACAAAUGAUGGCUUACAUCUAUCAUUCUCUGAAGAAUCUGAGACAGGCACACAUGAUGGGAAAAGAUGAGGAAACACAGCUUUAUGGACUUCGCUUUCCUUUAUCACAUAUGGAUGCUCUGAAGCAAAUCUGGAGUGGUUCAGCAGUGCCUAUCAAGGACCUAAAACUUCACACAGAUGAAGAAAAGAGCAACUUGGCAAUAUCUCUCUGGACGGAGUGUUUAAUACAAGUAUUCUAGUGCCUGUAUACAGAGAACUGUUAUUUCCUAUGCACAGUAAAGGCAGAGUUUAAUUCUAGGUGAGUCCUGGUGUUAACACCCUGGGUGGAGGCAUGGUUACACCGCAAAGCAGGGAGAAGCUGGCACAUUUCCACACGUACUCACGGACACAAGAGGGAGAGCAGGUCAGGACUUGUGACAAGUUUAUUUAAUCCAGUGUUGUAGAAAAGGCACAGCUCCAGGACAUGUGUUGUAGAGAAUUAUGUCAUUAACCUGGCUUUGUCUUGGUUCUUUGGAAGAAAAAUAACUCCUUUAAAGAGCCGCAGUGGCUCCAAAAAUACUUUAACAAUCAAAACUUAGAAAGUUAUUGUUUUUACAAUGAAUAUAUACAUAUAUUUGAGUUUACAUGACCUCUUUCCCCAUUAAAGUAAAUGUUUCAUGAAAUACUGCCACACCUGUGAGGGGCUUCCAGACACUGCUUAGAUGACAGAAAAGCCAGAGACUAAAAAAACCCAAAGACCAGUAUAUAUACAUGAAAAGACCAAGUGUAUUAAAAAAAAAUACUUAAAAGUUAGAGGUCUUUGAGUCUAAAGUGCAUAGAGGUUGGUAUUUUUUAAAGUACUUAUGUAAAAAUAGAGUAUUGUUUUCUUUCUGAUAAAAGUUGAGGCUGAAAG